AUGCCGCCACUAGGUCGGGGACUUCGUGGCCUUGAUUUACUAAUCGCCCUUCGGUCGGUAGCGCCCGGGUUGGUCUGGACAAGUUGGGCCGAACCUCCCGGCCCUUUGCUUCGGUGGGCUAUGAGCGGGUCCAAAUGUCUGACUCGCUCAACGCCUGAGGGGGCCGAGUCCGCAGAAACGAAUUCGGAUGAUAUGGUCGAGUACCUGGCCUACAUUCUUACAACUGCCUGA